AUGACUUCCUUGCCACAGUAUCUCUUGAAGACCUAUCUCUUGACAGGCGAUGAAAAAUUCAAGGACCUUUAUAUCUCGUCUAUCGAGGCGAUGCACAGGCACCUCAUCAGCCACUCCCAAAAGCCCUCAGAAACCCACCUCGUCUUGGGCGUCUACGACACCGCUACCGACUCCCUCGUCCCCAAAAUGGACCACCUCAGCUGCUUUGCACCAGGUCUACUAGCAUUAGGAGCCAAGGUCCUAAACCGACCCAAGGACCUAAUCGCCGCCAGUGGUUUGAUGGAGACCUGCAUCAUGAGCUACCAGAAUUCUGCGACUGGAUUGGGAGCUGAUGAGAUUGCGUUCUUGAGGCCUGAGUUUUCCAAGGGUAAAGAGUUUGAGAUGCUCCCGAAGGACGCUGGGUUUUACUUGAUCGACCCCGAGUAUGCGCUUCGACCAGAAACUGUUGAGAGUUUGUUCAUACUUUACAGGAUCACAGGGGAGGGGAAGUACCAGGAAUACGCCUGGGAGAUCGUUCAGUCCAUUGAGAAGCAGUGCAGGACCAAAGAUGGGUACUCGGGCCUGGUCAAUGUCAUGGAUGCCUCUGAGGGCUUGACCAACACUAUGCCAAGCUACUUCUUGUCUCAAACGCUCAAAUACUUGUAUUUGAUCUUUGACAACCCCGAGGUCGCGUCCUUAGACGACUACAUCUUCAAUACGGAAGGCCAUCUCAUCAAAUAUCCCAUCCCUUGA